GGCGCUCCGUGACCCCGGAAGUGGCGCGGGAAGAGGAUGCUGAUGCUGGACUAAACAUGGCGGCCCGCGGCGCUGGGGCCGCGCUGUGUCGGGCGGUGGCCGUGCUGGGGCUGCUGCUGCUCUGGGCGGGCUCAGCCGGUGCCCGCGUCCAUCACCUCACCCUCAAAGAUGAUGUGAGGCAGAAAGUGCACCUAAAUACCUUUGGUUUCUUCAAGAAUGGCUUCAUGAAAGUCAAUGUCAGUAACCUUUCAUUGAAGCCACCUGUGAGCUCUGAUGACAAGGACCGCUUAUCAGUGGGGUUCAGUUUGGAUCGAACCAGGAACGAUGGGUUCUCCACUUACCUGGAUGAAGAAGUGGAUUAUUGUAUCUUGAACAAGAAACCAGAUCAAGAUGUCUCUGUUGUACUCUUACUUCUGGACUUCAAAACUGAAGUUGUGAAAGUACAGUUCUCUGCGGAAGCUGCUUCUUUGCUACCUAAAAUUUCAUUCAUAUCUGAGGGAAAUGCUACUGCAUUAAGCACCAAGCUGCUAAAAACUUCUGAACAGAGCAGUGAUUCUGAUAAAAGUCCGUCAAAGACCAGCCCAGAUACAGACAGCAAAGAUAACAAGCCCAAUCGAAGUACAUCAUCCUCCCAGAGCAUAAUAGAGCAAGAACAUCCUGUUCACAAUGACAGAGGAACUUUCUCGUUUCAGUUCUUUUUUAACAUCAGCUCUGAUAACCAAGAAGGUCUCUACAGCCUGUAUUUCCAUAAGUGUGUUGGCAAGGAAGGGCCAGCCAAUGAUCAGAAGCUAUUUAGUCUUGAUAUAGAAAUUACGGAAAAGAAUCCUGAAAGCUACCUCUCAGCAGGUGAGAUCCCACUGCCAAAGCUUUACAUUUCCAUGGCUAUCUUCUUUUUCCUGUCUGGGACUGUAUGGAUUCACAUACUUCGUAAGCGCAGAAAUGAUGUGUUUAAGAUUCACUGGCUGAUGGCAGCCCUCCCUUUCACAAAAUCUCUGUCCUUAGUCUUUCAUGCAAUCGACUACCACUACAUUUCUUCUCAGGGAUUCCCUAUUGAAGGCUGGGCUGUUGUUUAUUACAUCACUCACCUACUGAAGGGUGCUCUUCUGUUCAUCACUAUUGCUCUGAUAGGCACAGGCUGGGCUUUCAUUAAACACAUCCUGUCAGAUAAAGACAAAAAAAUCUUCAUGAUUGUCAUCCCACUUCAGGUGCUAGCAAAUGUGGCAUACAUUAUCAUAGAGUCAACGGAAGAGGGGACAACUGAAUAUGGGCUGUGGAAAGAAAUUCUCUUCCUGGUAGACUUGCUAUGUUGUGGAGCCAUCUUGUUUCCAGUGGUAUGGUCAAUAAGACAUUUACAGGAGGCUUCAGCAACAGAUGGAAAAGCUGCCAUUAACCUAGCAAAGCUGAAGCUUUUCCGACAUUACUAUGUUAUGAUUGUGUGUUACAUUUACUUCACACGGAUCAUUGCAAUUCUCAUAAAGAUUGCUGUUCCAUUCCAGUGGAAAUGGCUGUACCAGCUGCUGGAUGAAAUGGCCACCCUUGUGUUCUUUGUCCUCACUGGGUACAAGUUCCGUCCAGCAUCAGACAACCCUUAUCUACAGCUGUCUCAAGACGAUGAGGAUGACUUGGAGAUGGAAGCUGUGGUGACGACUUCUGGAGUAAUGGAGGGCAUGAAGAAGGUCAAGAAAGUGGUGAAUGGUUCAGCAGAGCCACAGGGAGAAUGGGAAAGCACAGCAUGAACGGACUGGACUGAGGCAGCACUUUCAGAGAAACUGUUUUAAUUUAUUAAUAUUCCUCUCAGUGGAAAGGGAGCAACUGGCACCUCCCAACACUGAAACUGCAGAGCGGGGUGUGCCUAGGGGGGAGCAAAGCAGUGCAGAAAUACAACUGUUCCUCUCAUCAUAAGAAAAUGGGAUCUCUUGGUACCUGCAAAGGAGUGUGAAGCUUUCCUAGGGAUUUUGGGGUAGCUUGUUCUUUUUCCCCCUCUCUGGAUUGGUUGGGCAUUCCAAAUUGUUUGCAGUCACGUUCUUCAGAAUGCGUAAUACCGAUGUGAAGAGAGACCUUUAGUGUGUAUGUAAAAGUAUAUAUUUUAUAUAAUGCGCAUAUAUAUCUACACAGUUGCUAUGUAACAUGUAUGCUGGGAAUUGCAAAGCCUGUCAGAAGGUGGGAAAAGAAAAGAGAUGUAAGUAUUUUAUUUUUCUUUUUAUAAACUCUCCCUUUGGCUUGGACAAAGCAUUGCAAAACGAAUAAUAGAAACAACUGCAGUUAUAUGAGAGACUAAAUAGGGUAUUGGAUCAGAUGACUUCUGCCACUGCUCAUUAUCAGUGGGAAAGUUAAGUAUUUUCUUGUCUUAUCCAUGCAGGUACCCACUUGAAUGUGUCAGGUUUUCAAAUGUAUUGCUACAUAGGAAACAAGUGACUGUUCUCCAUUAAAAAUGCUAGCCCAUAGUGCGAUAAGCAUUAACAUAAAUUCUCCACUGUUCAUGGAGUUGCUCUUGAUUCACACCCGCCUGACAAGAAGUACACAAGAGGUGUAAGACUGAUGCUUGCUUUUUAGGGGUCUGCUGUGCCAUCUUAAACAUGUAAUUUCCAGCUGUGACCCAGAGCCCUUUGAUCUGCUUUCUAAAAUAUUUUCAAGGUAUUCCAAAAGACACUCCUUUCUGGUACAGCAGGACCAGUACCAGAAAUAUCUCCAGUGGAAAUCUGUCCAGCAAAUCUACUGCAGCCUAGAUCUGCAGUUCACCAUUAUCCUGAGUUACUUGGCCUCCCUGGAUGGCUGCUUGUACCUCUCUGGCUGUGCAGGAUUGAUGCUGCUGCUGUUUGAGAUGAGCUGAAUUAGUCAAAAUGGUACUGCCACCAAAGCCAGGCAACUGCAGCUCUCAGUCCUAAAUGUUUUUUGUCAGGAAAAGAGUAGAUCAGGACAUAACCUCAGUGCAGGGGAAUACAGAAGUCUUGACUAUUCACUGCAAACUUGCAGUGGAGUUUUUACAGACAUACAACAAAAGCCAUGUGUGUUUUAUCUGUAGUACUCUGGUAUUGUUAGUAAGGCAAGCUGGUGCCCAUAGCUGGAGUAUUAAGGCAUAGUAAAUGAUUGUGAAAUCUGGGGGAGGAUGGAAGUGGUUCACUGAUGUGAUGAGGAUAAGAUAUUUAAGAAAAAUAAAUCAAGUAUAAAUCACUGACCCACUGAAGCCUUAAUAUUCACGUAGAGACUUUGACAUACGGUGCUGUCAAGCAAAGUGCUUCUAUCAGUGUGGCAGGGAGAGGUAUUAUCACAGAGCUUUGGAUGUGCCAGCAUCUUUUACAAGCUCCUUUAGGAAUUGCUUUUUUGGCUGAAGGGACUACAUCUCUGGGGCACAACUGAUCAGUGUAUUAGUCAUUACGUUUGUUAUUCUUUAAUUUAGAAGGAGGAUUUUCUUUGGAACUGUAAACCACUUCAUCCCCAGUCUUGAACAGGGAUUGUAGCGCCGUUAAAUGAGCAAUCUGUACUGAGACUUGUUUGAAGAGCAGCUUUGUUUUCUCUGGUUAACACUUCUUUUCCCAGCCGUUGAUUCUAUGCACCAUGGAAAUGGUAGAAAUGAAUCUGCCUGCUUUGAUACCUGGAACUGGUUUCUCUUCAGGUAAAGCGUAAGAAUAGCCCUCUUCUGGGUUACAGAGUCCUCUUCUAGGUUGUUUUUUACUCCUCAGCUGUAACUGCAUAGGAAUCACAGCAGUGAUAAAGUUUGACUGUUGCUGCCAUUGUCUUGCAAUGAUGCAGUUUUAGUAUCGGAAUCAGAGAGCCUACACCACUAGAAAGACUGUUAGGUGACCUAUGAGCAUUUUGGACCUUCUGUGUGAAGAAAACUGCAUAUGAAGUAGCUGAGGUGUGAGAAAAUGGACUACAAAGAAAAAAAGGCAGUCCCUUAUUUAAGGCAUCAUAUGCCUUAAAUACCGUACCUGGAAAACUCAUGCUCUCACUCUGCACAGUUCUUCUAUCCCAGUGGAGAUGUCACUGUCUUCAUCGAAAAGGCUACUCAAACAGGCUGUAACCUUUGUUCAGUGUUGUCCACUUGAGACCUGAAGUCUGUUGGCACUGAAGUAUGUAAAGGAUAAGGAUUUGCUGUCAGGAAUAGAAGUGCAAUAACAGUGUUAAUCUGGACAUGAUGCUCCCUUAGAACCUGUUAAUACGUUUUGCAAAUGAGGUGUGAAAUUCAGAUGCCUGUGUGGCAUUUCACCCCAAACCAUGAGGGCUGCACCAGGAUCCCAGCACAUGCUGAGCUGGUUCCAGACAGCUGCCUGCUCCAUACCUCAGCAUCAGUGGAGCUGCUGAUUUGGCAAAUGCUUUUACCUUACUCUCAGGUUUCUGGUUUUUAUAUGCACUUUUUUUCUCAAGUUGCAUAUGGUGUAGGUUUAUCUGCCAAGUCCCUGGCUCACUAGUCAAAGACAAAAAAUGGGUGGUUGCUUUUUGUCUUGGCAUAAAAAGCUAUGACCAUACUGUGAAAGUGCUUUUUAGAAGAGCUUUUCUUAAGUUCAGACCUGAGCUUCAGCAAUCAGCUGUACAGCCAAUCUCAGCUGGCACUUAACGCCGGAUGCUAACCAGUAACUAGCGAGACCUAAGCAUUACUGUAGAAAAACACAAGAGUGAUAGAAGGUCCUUACUGCAGCCGUUUCCAAAGUGAAUUUCUGUUUUCUUUAAUGGGAUUCCUUGGAGCAGGUCGAAAAACUUGUCUUGCAGGGUUGUGUGAUGGAUUGGACAAUGGAGGGUGGAGAGGAUGUUGUGUUUCUCUUGCAGCACAGUGUGGGUUUUGCACUGCAAAGCAUCAAAGGAGGGUUACUCCCUCAUCCUCAAGGUGAACCCCCAUGUGCAGAACUAGCCAGUGCAUGGUUCUAUUAGUGGUGUGUAAUACAGCAGCUUAGAGCUCACAAGGCAGGAUAAUCACAGUGCUUGCUUUUCAAAUGCUGAUGGCAGCCUAUCUGGUAGGAAGAUCUGUCUUUCACGGGCAGGGGAAAUGGAAGAGCUGCUUGUGGCUUACAAAUUGGUUUGGGAUGGAUCCUUACUUUCCUGUUCCUGCCUUUUACUGAAGUGAGCAACUAAAUCCAUCACCUGCAGGUACACAGUGGUAGAUUGACAGGAGUCCUGGAAAAGCUGGUGCGAUGCAAUUCAGAAUAAAUGGAUUUAAAUGCAUUCACAUAUGUUGCUGCAGUGGAGUCCUGUGCACCCUCUGCAGAUGAAAAUGAGAGUGCUUCAAUCUUCAGUUGUAAUGCAGAUUAUGCCCCAGUAAAUUCCUCUUGAUGAUGACAUGCAAAUACCACUGAUGCACUCCUCCCUCCCACUGUAACUGUUCAGAAGCUGUCUUCCAGAGGAAACCUCCUUGCAGUGCAACUGCCAGACUCUUGCAUUCUUCAGGCUUGAAAAUGUUUUCCUUGAUGGUUCAUCAAGAGAUGUGCUAACAGAAAGCAAGACAUAAUGGGGUCAUCUGGAACAUAGCUGCUGCUCGCUCAAAACAGAGCGGUUUGAGCUGAAGAAGCCACACGCUGUCCUAUUAAGAUGCUGUUUCAUGUUGUCAUCUAACUCAGUGUGUCAUGAUCUGUGCCAUGCAUUGUUCAGUGCUCCUCUGCAGCUGAGUGCCCUGUUCCUGGGUUUCCAUGCUGGCAUACCCUGGGAGCAUGUUGUAACAAUUUGCUGCAUUGCAGUAUUUUGUCUUGGAGCUAGCAAUGUGGAAGGUGUAUUGUGCUAAGCUAAGUGGACUCUGUAGCAUCGGUGUGCAUCCACCGUGUAUCCUUCAGCACUGCAACAUUCCUUCUGGCCACGAAAGUGCAUAUCCUAAUCACUUCAGUGUGCACAUUUGAAAGUCCAGUUGAAGAUCAUGUUGUCUUUUUUGUUUGUUUUCUUCCUUGCAGUGUGCUCCUCUUACAGAAGAGAAAUGCAGCCACUGAUAAUCCACUUGACAAGAAAAGGGGUUUUAUUGUUGUCUAUUUGAAAAUUGCUUGGUUGCAUUUGAAGCAAAUAUUGGGUAUUUGUAUGUUUUGCUCUGAGAACUGAAGUUGCUUAGCUAUUAAAAUAAUCGAGUAGUAGCAAGAUAUUGAAGGGAAGGAAGCCUUCUCCUUCAGCCUACCUUGUUUGUCUCCUUCCAUCUGACCUGUCAUGGUAGCAGACUUCUGUUCCUUUAAAGCAGAUGUGUUUUAUUGAUUCUGUGUUAUCACCUCCAAUCAUCAAACGUUUUCCCAUUUUCUCACCUUGGUAAAAGGAGCAUGGAGCUGUGGUCUGCAGUAGAUGGGAGGCACAGUGAUAUUUGAAAUAUAACAGCACUUACACUAAAACCUAUGAUUUUGUAACUUCAGCGCCAUGAAUGCUUCCUGAAUGCUGAGGUGGUGCUGCCCAGAGGCACUUGACCAAAUGUUUCUUUGUGAUCCCUGGGGUUCAUUUGCUCAAAAACAUUGUUCUCAAUUGGAUGAAUCUGGCUUUUCUUGUAGCUGUUGGAUCUGAUGCUGGUUUGGGCUUAUGAAUCGCUUUUACUUAGCAGUGUUGGGAAGCCGUGUAUUUUCCUUCCUUGUAGUUUCUUGCUUGGAUAUAGCAAUGAUCCUGUAAGAACCGCCCAUGAUAAUGUACUUGCAAGUGGUUGGAACAGAACCUAAGAAAAAUACUAAGAUAUUUAUGUGUAAAGUGAUGGUACUGGAAGAAAGUGGCUGAGGAAAGAGUCACUCCUUGUAGAUUGACUGGCUCAAGAAGCCAUUUAUGUUUUGACUGCAGCAAUCCUGUAGAAAGGACAACUCUUAAUAAACAUUUCCCUGUGGGAUUUCACUUGGUUUUCUGCUCUCUGUGUAAUAAAGUAGAGCCUGACCUCCACAUUAUCAGAAGCACUUUGUCUUGCAGCUAGGAUACUGGAGUGUUGGGCUGGUACCUGGUCUGUCAAAACAGAGUAUGGGUCUAAAUAGCUUCCUUUUCCCUUUAGUAACUAUUAAUAAUUAAUUCUAGAUCCUUUUGUGUCAUUAAGCAGCUUUAGGGCACCCUGUACAAUGUAGCUUUGAGUUCACUUAGUAAAUGGCCUCCAGAAGAACUUCAGAAGACUUCCCUGUGUACAGCAAGGUCCAGUUCCAGGGUUCUUGGUGACCUGUAAAUAUCCUGUUCCUCAGUUCAUGAUCAGAUGUACAAAUGGAUUUUUUUCAGUAUUUUUUUAAGCUUUAUUAAACAAGAAACACAAUUUGAAGAGAAGUCCAGCUAGAUGCAUAUCAGGACGCUCUGUGUAACUUGGUUUCCCUGCUGUGAUGCAAACGUGUAAAAUAAAGGUUGACCAGAAAGAA